AUGGAAAACUAUGAGACAGGUAGCGACCUCAAUGAUUUAAUAUCUGAUGUGAGUGUUAAAUUCAACAACUCCAAAGUCAGUCAAAUAAGAUGCGUUUUACUCCAUCUUUGUAAAUUUCGAAUCAUUGAAGAGUCCAGCAAGAUUCUUACAACGAAGCCUAAGUUGAACGAAGUAUUACACCUAGGCGAGGCUUCAGUAUACCAGCUUUGUUACUUGCUUAAAAAGAUUCUCGAUGCCUUGCGAAUCCCAGCAGAAGUGGUUUUAGGGUUCUGGAAGAAGCCCAAUGAAUUCUAUCACAACGAGCAAUAUGUCAUUAAUCACAGUUGGUUGUCCAUCUUGUUAGACAGCAAAUUCUAUAUCUUGGAUCUUUACAAUUUCAAGAAUGGUUCAGUCUGUAACAUUCGGGAGAAUGCUGAAGGCUUUAACGAAUUCUACUUCUUAGCCAGACCCUUGAGCGUUGUUUCCACACACAUUCCUUCCGUUAUCGAUCUCCAACAUGUUCUUCCUCCUAUAGAUCCUAGUAUCGCAUUCUAUUUGCCCAGAGCUUACUCGGGUUUCUACAGGAGCGGAUUGAAAUUCAGAAACUUCAACAAUGCUUUGACCAGACUUAGAGACUUGGAAUUUUUUGAGUUAGAAUUGAAUAUUCCAGUAGAUGUGGAAUUGUUCACAUUGGUCAAGACAUCUAAGGUCACUACCAACGAACUCAGUUUGUGCCAAAUUCAAUGGAACAACAACAAGAAAAUUGCAAAGAUUAAGGCUAUUCUCCCAGAAGGAGAAUCUAUCGGGGUUUUGCAAAUCUUUGCCGGACCAAAAGGAUUGCAGAAGCAUUUUGACAAUAUCCACGAGUUGGCUGUUGUUAUUCCCUUGUAUCACACCGGCGACUACAAGCCCUCCAAGUUCAUUCCCAGAUUUCCUACAGUCCAAAGUCAGAACAACGACUUGUAUGUGAGACAACCUCAAACAAACAAAAUUAUAGUCAAAAAUGCUUAUAAUUUUGAAAUAGAUCUGUAUCCAUCAACAGGAUUGAACAGCGGAUCGGGUUUGAUGAACCAGGACUUCAAAAUUGUCAUUGAAUCACCUUCGGGAAAAUAUUUUAAAAUGACCAAAGACGAUCCCCUGAAGCCAUUCGGAACAUUCGCUGCUAACAUAAAAUGUACGGAGCUUGGUCUCUACCGUGGGCUCGUUAUUGGUGAUAGUGGUAACAGUUGGUAUGUUUUCACUCAAUGGGAAAGUGUCCCAGGUACGGUCACCAAUUAGGCAUUUCAUCAUUCUAAUAAUCAUUAAAAUCAGUCAUAUAAAACAAAAAACCACCAUAACGUCAUUUAGUUGUUUCUUUCUAUUCACAUCAGCAUAAUAAUCUACCUACAUAUAUAAUUAAUCAUUUGCAUUUGAAUAAACAUCUUUCAU